AUGUCGGCGAUGGAUCCAGAGGCUUUGUCCAAGGCUUUCGUUGCUCAUUACUACACAACAUUCGAUCAGAACCGGGCAGGGCUUGCGAAUCUGUACCAGGAGACGUCCAUGCUCACCUUUGAGGGCCAGAAGUUCCAGGGCCCCCAGCAGAUCACCGCUAAGCUAACCGGUUUGCCCUUCCAGCAGUGCCAGCAUCACGUCUCCACCGUCGAUUGCCAGCACUCGGGCCCUGCUGGUGGGAUGCUUGUUUUCGUCUCCGGCAAUCUUCAGAUCGCCGGAGAGCAGCAUCCCCUCAAGUUUAGCCAGAUGUUCCAUCUGAUGCCUACUCCUCAGGGUGGCUAUUAUGUGUUCAAUGACAUCUUCCGGUUGAACUACGCAUAA